ACAAUUUCCUUCACUUUAUCCUCCUCCCCAAACAGAAAUGGCUUCAAUUUCAUCUCUUAUAAUCCCUCCACCAAAUCUCCUUUCGACAGAAACCCAUCUCACACUUCAAUCAAAACUUCCCACUUUUCAAUUCAACUUCUUUAAACUGUCAUAUUCUGCAUUCCAUCUCAAGUCAACCAGCAAAGACUAUUACUCCAAUUCAAGACUCUUCGCUGUAGCCGAAGAAACUUCAGUCGACACCUCUUCGGAGUUUGCCAGAAAGCUCUACAUAGGCAACAUUCCCAGGAACAUUGAUAAUGAUGAGCUUGCAAAGAUUGUUCAAGAACAUGGUGCUGUUGAGAAAGCCGAGGUCAUGUAUGAUAAGUACACUGGAAGAAGUCGCCGGUUUGCCUUUGUCACAAUGAAAACUGUAGAGGAUGCAAAUGCAGCCAUUGAGAAACUGAAUGGCACUGAAAUUGGUGGACGGGAAAUCAAAGUAAACAUCACAGAUAAGCCUUUGGUAUCGGUUGAUUUGUUUAUCCUCCAAGCUGAGGAUUCUAAUUUUGUUGAAAGCCCCUACAAAGUCUAUGUGGGAAAUCUUGCAAAGACAGUCACAACAGAAACACUAACGAACUUUUUCUCUGAGAAGGGAAAGGUUCUCAGUGCAAAAGUUCAACGGGUCCCAGGGACCUCAAAAUCAAGUGGUUAUGGAUUUGUUUCAUUCUCUUCAGAAGAGGAAGUUGAAGCUGCAAUCUCAGCUCUUAACAAUUCAUUGCUGGAAGGACAACCCAUUCGCGUAAACAAGGCAUAGUAUGGCUCUGAGAGCAGUGAAUCUAGGAUUUUGGAGAGUGGUCAACUUGUUUCAAUUACAUUUGAAAUGUAAAACACACUGAAUUGGCAAUUUAGUCUGUCGAUCUUAUUGUUUUGAUGUGGAGGCUUGUUGGCUAUAAGAAGAUAGAUUUGAAGAACACAUCAGGCCUGCUAUAGAAUGAUGCCUACAGCUUGACAAACCAUAUCAAGCCUUGUUCGUGUAUCACUAGAUGGCCAGGGACAACACCUUAUCAUUUUUAAUGCUACUUUGUAAUUUUUAGUUAAAAAAACAUUAAUUAUAACAUUUUACAACCUUUGAUAAAUUUGAGGAGAUGUUAAAAUUUUUCUUGA